AUGUCAGCAUCUUAUAAAAUUAAAAAAAUUAAUUUUGAUUUUAUUUAUAAAAAUGAGGAAAUUAAAAACAACGUGUAUUUACCAAGUAGCGAUACUUUCACUUUCAUUGAGGUAUUAGAAAAUGAAGUAGAAAAUAUUUCAUCAAAUGUAAACAUUGCUUUAGAAAUGGGAACAGGAAGUGGUUAUUUGAUUUUAUCCUUGUAUGAGAUGCUAUUAAAAAAAAACAAAAAAAUUGAACUUCUUUAUUGUAUUGAUAUAAAUGAAGCGGCUUGUAAUUGUAUAAGAAAUUUAACUAAUAUUAAUAAAAUUUCAAAUGUAGAAAUACUUAAUAACAAUUUAUUUAGCAAUCUAAGAAAGUGUAAUCAAUUUGAUUUAGUUAUAUUUAACCCACCUUAUGUUCCAACAGGAGAAGAUGAAAUUAACAAAACAGACAUCGUUGCUUCGUAUGCAGGAGGUAAGCUAGGAAGAGAGGUUAUUAUGAAGUUUUUAUUAAACGUAUAUGAUUAUGUUAGUAUUAACGGAGUUAUAUACUUAUUAUUAGAAAAACAGAAUUUACCACACGAAAUUAUGAAUAGCGUUAAUAUAAAAAAAAAGUUUAAUUGUAUUGAAUUAAAAAAAAAAAAAACAUUAAAUGAAACAAUUUUUAUUUACAAACUUAGAAAAAAACUUAUUCCCUAA